UAGGAUUCAAAUUGGAAAAUGUUUCAAUUGAUAGAAUGUUUCAUAAUGAGGGAUUACAUCAUUCUAUUUACGUACUGAAUUGUGAUUGGUCUUUUCUUUUUUGCAUCUGUUUAAUCAUCUGUAACGGCUUUACUUUGCAAAGAUGUCAUGUGCUGAUUUUCAUACACAACCAACUAAAAACCAAAAGCAAAGAAACCAACAUAAGGCCUAAACGUUCCUAAAACAACAGUUUAACAUGUUGUUAAAGUGACCUCUAUUAAAACUGUUCUCUCUCAGGUCUGUUUUUUGAGGUCUUGUUUGGGUAUGGAACAGCGUUAGCACCCAGUUAUGAGAUAUUUGCUGUGUCUCGGCUGCUGGUGGGGAUGAUGAAUGGAGGAAUGGCAUUGGUCUGCUUUGUUCUCACUCAGGAAUAUGUGGGAAAGUGCUACUGGGCUAUGACAGGGACCUUGACUAAUAUGACCUUUGCAGUGGGUAUCACUCUGUUUGCCGCAUUGGGUUAUUAUGUUCGGCCAUGGCGGAACCUAGCAACUGUAGCCAACUGUCCUGGACUUUUGCUCUUCCUGUUCUGUGUGACUUUGCCAGAGUCUCCACGCUGGCUUUAUUCUCGGGGUCACACGGAGAAGGCUGAGGACAUCCUGCAGGAUUUUGCUGUGAGGAACGGGAAAGGCAGAAUUCCAGUGAAGCUCCGGCGGACCGUCAGCACCAGCACUUCAGAUGCAGCCAGUCCUGGGGUUUUCCAGCUGGUCACACAUCCCAUACUGCGCUGGAGGACUGUGGUGCUCAUGUACGUGUGGUAUGCGUGUAGCCUUGUGUAUUACGGGUUGACCCUCAGUGCCAGUGAAGAUAAAGGUAAUCGUUACCUUAGCGUUGCCAUGUAUGGCCUGGUGGAACUCCCUGCGUAUCCGCUCUGCAUGUACUUCAUUAACAAACAGUGGGCAGGCCGGAGGAAGUCGAUGUCCUAUUUUCUUGCAAUUGCAGGCGUGUCCUGUCUGCUCACAAUGUUUGUACCUGUAUCAGGGUCCUUAUUAAGUGCCACGUCGCUGGCUCUAGUGGGAAAACUGAUGGUCAGUGCUGCAUUUAAUAUUGUGUAUGUGUAUACAUCAGAGCUCUACCCAACUGUGAUCAGGUACAGUCAACGCUUUCGCUGUAUGUGUGAUAUGACACAUCUUUUGUGGUUUAGCUCUUUUGCAUUUGUCAUUUUCAGUAAAAAUGUGUAUUAAAAUGUGUUAAAUUGUAUGUCCUUACAGAAUAGAAUUCUGUGU